UAUGGUUGAUUGACGUGGCCCUCGUGCAAUCAGAAACCUUCGUUUUCGUUCACGCGCAAGUAUAGCACACAUUUUCACCACCGGCUCGCUCUUUGUGAUAAUGUCGGCCGAAUAUGAAGAUCGACCCAGAGACAAUGGCCCAGAUGGCAUGGAUCCAGAUGGCGUCAUUGAGAGCAACUGGAACGAGAUCGUGGACAGCUUCGAUGAGAUGAACCUGCGUGAGGCUUUGCUCAGGGGCAUCUACGCUUAUGGUUUCGAGAAGCCAUCUGCCAUUCAGCAGAGGGCGAUCCUCCCUUGCAUCAAGGGUUACGAUGUUAUUGCACAGGCCCAGUCCGGGACAGGAAAAACUGCAACCUUUGCUAUCUCCAUCCUGGAACAGAUUGAGAUUGACCUGAAGGGCACCCAGGCCUUGGUUCUGGCCCCCACCAGAGAGCUGGCCCAGCAGAUCCAGAAGGUUAUCCUGGCCCUCGGUGACUACAUGGGUGCGUCGUGCCACGCCUGCAUCGGUGGCACCAACGUGCGUAAUGAGGUGCAGAAGCUCCAGGCCGAGGCGCCCCAUAUAGUGGUGGGGACCCCCGGACGUGUCUUCGACAUGCUGAACCGCAAGUUCCUAUCCGCCAAAUACAUUAAGAUGUUUGUGCUGGACGAAGCUGACGAGAUGUUGAGCCGGGGGUUCAAGGACCAGAUCUACGAGAUCUUCCAGAAGCUCAGCUCAAACACACAGGUGGUUCUCCUGUCUGCCACGAUGCCGCAGGAUGUGCUCGAGGUUACCAAGAAGUUCAUGCGUGAGCCGAUUCGCAUCCUCGUCAAGAAGGAAGAGCUGACCCUGGAGGGUAUCCGCCAGUUCUACAUCAACGUGGAGAAGGAGGAAUGGAAGCUGGACACCCUGUGCGAUCUGUAUGAGACUCUGACCAUCACCCAGGCUGUCAUCUUCAUUAACACGCGCCGGAAAGUGGACUGGCUCACCGAGAAGAUGCACGCCAGGGAUUUCACUGUCUCUGCCCUGCAUGGAGACAUGGAUCAGAAGGAGCGAGACCUGAUCAUGAGGGAAUUUCGCUCUGGGUCCAGUCGAGUCCUCAUCACCACUGACCUCCUGGCAAGAGGCAUUGACGUGCAGCAAGUGUCACUCGUCAUCAACUAUGACCUUCCCACCAAUCGCGAAAACUACAUACACAGGAUUGGCCGCGGCGGCCGUUUCGGCAGGAAAGGAGUGGCCAUCAACAUGAUUACAGAAGAGGAUAAACGUACGCUUCGGGAUAUCGAGACGUUCUACAACACCACAGUGGAGGAGAUGCCCAUGAAUGUGGCAGACCUGAUCUAGACGUCUGCUGCUGCCUUCCUCUUUCCUCCGCAUUCCACUUUCUCCUGUCGUCCCUGAACCUGGAUACCACACCUCACCGACUCAGACAUUCUUCAUAUCUUCUGUAAGGGAACUUGGAACCCCCCCCCCCCAGUCUAGUCCAUCAGCACCAUUUAACGGUGGAAAGAUACACCACCCCUCCCCCAAUGAACAGGAAAGCCUUUUCUCAUAACCAGCCCAUGUUUCGAUCUGUAGGCCAUCUUACUGGUGCUGUUCUUUAUAAUUUCACGCACUGGUUAUCUGUGCCUUGCCUUGUUGCAGUCUGCUGCACAACCCAAGGAGAGGGCGCUCAUGUCAGUGUACGUGAACACGUUUUUAUACACGACUUCCUGCAUAUUCAGAUAUUUCUGGCCAAAGACCUACUGACCUUCCCAAUUCUCCUGUGUCAUUCAAUAGCAGUACAGUUUUCUGGAAUGGAGGACGAGGCAAAUGCAUUAAUGUCGAGAGCUUGGUCUUGUCAGCGCGUCUGUCUACGCUCGGCUGUGAUAUGCCUGUAUUUCUAUGUCAUUUUUGUUUCCCCCCCCCCCCCCCCCAAUUUUGGUCAAUGGUUUUUCUAAACUUGUCCUCAAACCCAAGUGCUUUCAGUGUAGCCGUGUUGUCUGCGUGAACAGGGGGUGCAUUCGCUGUGACCUACCUCACAAAAAGAUGGAGGAGGACUGACGUAUGGACCAAACUGUGAAUGGUUGCAUAUUUAGAGAGUAUAACAUGCUUCUACAGUGUUUCUUUUUGGGGGGGGGAUUGCCUGCCUCUUUGCUGGGGGGGAGGGGGAGGGAGGGGUUAGAGGUUAGCAGUGGAUGGGUGGUCAGUGCUCUUUUUAUAUAUAUAUAUGAAAUUUAAAUGUGAUGAAAUUAACCCUUUGAGACGGAAGCAAUGUAUUAAAAAAUUUUUUACAUUGGA